AUGCGCGUCACCGAGCUUCUCACAUGUGCUUUGCUGCAAGCAUCAGCAGUACUGUCGACACCUGUCGAUGAGCGAAGCGUGAGCGUUACUGCUUCCAAGAGACCACACCAUCCGGCGUAUCCGUAUCACCCAAAGAAGGCCUGCCCAGCUUCGCCGGCACGAACCAAGACCUGCAGCGUCAAGGCUCUCGGCAAUGGUAAAGAUGACUCUGCAAACAUCUUGAAAGCCAUCAAGAAGUGCAACAACGGUGGUCAUGUCGUUUUCCCUAAGGACCAGAAGUUCACGAUCGGAACUGCACUCGAUCUGACCUUCCUUAACGGUAUCGAUCUCGACAUCCAAGGAUCCAUUCAAUUCACCAAUGACACGGAUUACUGGCAAGCCAAUGCCUUCAAGCAGGUAUUCCAGAACGCCACUACCUUCUUCCAGCUUGGUGGCAAGGAUAUCAACGUUUACGGAGGUGGCACCCUAGACGGCAACGGUCAAGCAUGGUACGACCUCUAUGCUAAGGAUAUCUACAUCCUGCGACCUAUUCUCUUCGGUCUCAUUGGUGCAGAGGGUGCCGUGAUCUCGGAUCUGAAGUUCAGAUACAGUCCGCAGUGGUACACGCUUGUUGCCAACUCGAGCGACGUUGUCUUUGACAACAUCGACAUCUUCGGUGGCAGUGUGAGCAAGAACCCCGCGAAGAACACUGACGGCUGGGACACAUACCGCUCCGACAACAUUGUCAUUCAAAACUCACACAUUGACAACGGCGAUGACUGUGUCUCGUUCAAGCCUAACAGCACCAACAUCGUUGUUCAGAACCUUGUCUGCAACGGUAGCCACGGCAUCAGUGUAGGUUCUUUGGGCCAGUACCCUGGUGAGGUCGACUACGUUGAGAACAUCUAUGUGUACAACAUCAGCAUGUCCAAUGCUUCGGACGGUGCGCGUAUCAAGGUCUGGCCCGGUGCUUCUUCUGCUCUCUCCGGCGACCUCCAGGGUGGAGGCGGUGGUGGUGCCGUCAAGAACAUCACAUACGAUGGCAUGACCAUCUCCAACGUUGAUUACGCCAUCGAGAUCACUCAAUGCUACGGCCAAAAGAACCUGACUCUCUGCAACGAGUUCCCAUCCAACCUCACCAUCUCCGACAUCACAAUCAAGAACUUCCACGGCACCACCAGCAAGAAGUACGACCCGCUCGUUGGUUACUUGGUCUGCUCCAGCCCAACAGUAUGCUCCAAUAUCAACAUCGAGAACGUCAAUGUUACUAGCCCUCAUGGAACCAACCAGUACACUUGCGCAAACAUCAACGGUAUUGAUAGCCAAGUUAACUGCACCACCAACGGAACCAAGGGAGGAGAGUCAUAA